AUGGACGAUAACUCUCCGUUAGACGAUUGGGAUUGGUCAAACGAUGAUACGAACAGAUCAUACAUUGAGCCAUCAACACGCUGGUCUCGCGAAAAGACACGAUACCUGUUUAAGACGAAUUUCUUAACACCUUACAAAAUAUGUCUACUAGCAUUGAUAGAUGCUUAUUGUGAUCAAGGGAAUGAAGACUUUGAAGUACCAUUAUUAUAUUUCCUAAUUGAUAGGUUGAGCGUUUGCGAUGAUUAUAGCUAUCCGGAGCCAACACUACCUGAGCUUUGUGUAAGGAUGGAAGAAAGUGAUAGUGCUAAUGGAAAAUCGAUAAAAAUGACUCUCUUCGAUAAGUUGAGAGAUCUCGAAACACCACAUGAAUUUAUCGCGUAUAUACAACAUACGGGAACCCUGUUAACAAGAAAUGAAAAAGACGAGGGGAAAGGACUGUCUCGUUACAGUCUAUUCGGCAUUUUCGUGCGUCGAUGCCAUAUUGAAUGUUUGCGCUUGUCUUUUGCUGAGAUUUCACUUAUUUGGAAUGCGUUUGUAGAAUACAAAUUAUCAUGUCUUUCACUUGAGCCUGAUAAUAGUGUGUAUACUUUAUCUCAUGUGGCAAAAGAGUAUACCAUGCAUAAACAAGAGAUUAUUUCUAAAAACGAUGCGGAGAAGUUUGCAGUGUAUGUAAUAACUCAACUACAGUUAUAUGGAGGAAUACUACCUCCUCAUCUUGAGAGUAAAAUACGAAUGAUUCACAAAAGACUUCCCGAGAUAUCCACUAUAUAUUACAUAGAAUAUAUAGACUGUAUGCAAUCAGGGGAAUAUGAAGGCGCUUUACGUAAUUUCUACAAUUUUUCUAACUUCUGUCCAGUGGAUGAAGCAUACAGUAAGUCGUGGUAUCAGCAUGUGCUAUUGAAUCUCGUAAAACUGCAUGCUAAAUUUGGACACAAGGAGCAGGCAUUGUUGGCGAUAUCGGAAACCAUAAGAAUGGCGCGUGAGAGUAAUGAUCAAGAAUGUCUACGAUUUGCACUAAGCUGGUUGUAUUAUCUUAAAUCGUAUGAAUACGUCGAAUCAAUACGUCUUGGCGCGACAGAACAGCAAAUGCUAGAUUCGAUGAUUGACAAAGCUAAGGAGGCAAACUUCAGCAGCCUACAGUCGCUGGGUGAAUUGGGGAAAGCAGCAAAAAAGCUUCAACAGGCAAUCAUUAAACAUUGUUUUAUAAGAGAUUAUAACCGAUGUCAGUUAUCAACUGAUUAUUUGUCAUGGAUAACCUUAGGUGUCUGGGACAUUUAUGGUGACUAUAAUUCGAUGUUUUCAUUGGAAGACAGCACAUGCAAGCGAGGUGCUAACAGUAAUCUAAUAGGCAACAAUGGAUUGUCCACUUUGUACUCAUCUCAAAUAAUAACACAGAAACGUCCAAAUCCCGAAGAUAGUGUUAUUGCAUAUUGCCAAAUAGCCGAACAUCAUAUGUUAAAUGGAAAUUAUACAGAGGCAAUAAGACUGUUUAUGGACUCGAUCAAUAUUUUUAUUGAUAUACGCCGAGCGGCAUCUCAAUGGAUAUCCUCUCUUGGAAGAAUAAAAUAUACCAAAAGUCUAGAGAGCUGCGAGUUCUAUAACAUCGAAGCAUUAGAGAUCCAACUACGUGCAGCCUGCCAAUACGAUCCAAUAGUAGCUGCCGAUUUUGAAUAUCAAAGAGCAUCUCAUUUGUCUAAGAGUAAUAGAGAGGGCAUGGCAGUUGAGUUGCUACACUCGUUAAUAGAACAGAGCAGUCGUCUUCGGUCAACAAAUCAGAUGAAUGUUGCAAAUUAUUUACUGAAAUUGGCUGAAAUCAGGAUGACGUCUACUCACCAAACAUCGGCGCUUCCAUACGUGCUCUCCUCCCUCUGCUUAAGUGAACGAUUUCAUUAUCGUAGUAGCUACUUAAUGGCCAUUAUACGACUUGCUGAGAUCCUUUUGAGUUUCAACCUAGCCACCAGAUCUAUUGGCAUGAUAGAAAAGAUUAUGCCAGAACUGCUUGCAGAGCAUUCUUUGCGUUUACAAUCAGUUGGACAAUUGGUGUAUGCUGAAUGUAUUAUCGCAAGCAUUACUGAGGAUCAACGGGCAGUUGGAAGAACACCUACGAAUAGUCUCAAUGAUACGAUUCCAUUCUUGGAUGCAGCUCUUACAGGUUUUUCUCGCCUAUUUUCAAUCGCCGAAGCCCUCAAAGUGCUUCAGUUGCAAGCUUACGUUUACAAUGCGAUUGGAUCUCUUUCUUCACGGAAUGAGGCUGCUUCUGCGUAUCUAAAUCUACUUAAUCGCCUUGAAUAUAAUGAGAGCAGACAUCCUGACCAUGAUAGUUAUUAUUAUGGCACGUAA